AUGUAUGCUGACUGUGAGGAUGUGAAGAAACUUGUGGGUGAGAAAUACGCAAAUCUGCCAGCAUCUGAGCUCAGGGGAAACAAGGCAUUCAUGGAUGAUCUCAUUGAGUCCGACAUAAGGAUGACCAUAAGGCUGCAGAUCGUGUACAGCAAACUCAACAUCCGUUCCGUGCGCAAUGCUUUCCAAGAAUCUGUCGGAAACAGACUCAAGAAGUUUGGCGGCUUAGACAACCAUGAGUUGCUUCUUCAAAGGUACUAA